AUUGAGCGAGAAAGCCCAUUCGGGUUAAUCUUGGCAGCUUCACCAUUCUCACACUCUCCAAUUCUCUCUCUCUCUCUCUCUCUCUCUCUCUCUCUCUCUCUUUCUGGGGUCGGGCUUCUACAGCUGGACUUUGGUUACUUUGGGUCAUGGUUGGUGAGCAAGAAGGAAGGAAGCUGAACUUGCGUAGAGCCUGUUUGAUUUGACUCCCAGAUCCGAGUCUUCUCCUGCCUGCUGCCUCUUAGGUAGUGUUCAUUGCUGGUGAGGAAUUGAUCCAUGGUGGAGUGUUGCUUUCAUACGACGACGGAUCAGGAUUUGCUGCUAUUCCAGUGUUUCGCUACUUACAUUGUUCAUCCUUUUCAAGUCUCCUAGACACACUCUUUUUCUUUUCUCGAUCUUGAGCUUUAAUUUUGAUUAAAAAGAAGAUGGGUGGGCUUUGCUCUAGGAGUUCCUCUGUAAAUAACGCUCCUGCUGGAACCUUUCCACAUGCUAAUAGUAAUAAUGGUCAUCAUCUCAACAAUGGCUCUGCUGCUGAACUCAGACCCAAAGAUGGUGAUCCUUCUCCCACUGUUGCUGACAAGCCCUCAUCAGAAUCAGAAUCCUUUUCAUUUCCCACUCUCAACAUAUCUUCUAUUGGGACUCACCCUCAAAAUAUUGAGGACGGUAUUCCCCGUUUAUCAAGAGACUUAUCUCAGAAAUCAAGAUCCACCAAGUCUAGGCAAGCUGCCGUCGCAAAGGUUUCGGAAGUGAGUUCACUGUUAGGCAGGGCUGGCACUAUGGGACUUGGUAAAGCUGUGGAUGUAUUGGACACACUCGGGAGUAGCAUGACGAACCUUAAUCUUAAUGCUGGAUUUUCUUCUGCCACCACCAUUAAAGGGAAUAAGAUCUCCAUCUUGUCCUUCGAAGUUGCUAACACCAUUGUUAAAGGCGCCAAUCUUAUGCAUUCUCUCUCUAAUGAUAGCAUCACACAUUUGAAAGACUCUGUGUUGCCUUCCGAAGGUGUACAAAACUUAAUAUCAAAGGAUAUGGAUCAACUGUUGAGGAUAGCUGCUGCUGAUAAAAGAGAGGAGUUGAAGAUUUUUUCUGGAGAGGUGGUGCGUUUUGGGAACCGUUGCAAGGACCCUCAGUACCACAACCUGGAUCGCUUCUUUAACAGGUUGGCCUCUGAAUUUACACCCCAGAAUCAAUUGAAACAUGAAGCAGAAACUAUAAUGCACCAGCUCAUGACUUUUGUUCAUUUCACAGCUGACUUGUAUCAUGAACUCCAUGCGCUGGAUAGGUUUGAACAAGACUACCAACGUAAGAUCCAGGAAGAAGAGAACCCAAGCACAGUACAGCGAGGUGUGGGAGAUACCCUCGCUAUCUUGAGAACUGAAUUAAAGAGUCAGAAGAAGCAUGUAAGAAACCUAAAGAAAAAAUCACUUUGGUCUCGGAUCUUAGAAGAGGUGAUGGAGAAACUAGUAGACGUUGUCCAUUUCUUACAUUUGGAGAUUCACGAAGCCUUUGGUGGUGCAGAUGCUGAUAAACCUGCAAAUGACCCGCCAAACAAUCAUAAAAAAUUGGGCUCUGCUGGUCUUGCCUUACAUUAUGCAAACAUCAUAACUCAAAUUGAUACUCUUGUGUCCCGGUCUAGCACUAUGCCUUCGAGCACAAGAGAUGCUUUGUACCAAGGUUUACCCCCAAGUAUAAAAUCUGCUUUACGCUCCAGAAUACAGUCCUUCCAGGUUAAGGAAGAGCUCACUGUUCCUCAAAUAAAAGCCGAAAUGGAAAAAACGUUGCAGUGGCUUGUUCCUGUUGCUACAAACACAACCAAAGCGCAUCACGGGUUUGGAUGGGUUGGGGAAUGGGCAAGUUCCGGGUCAGAUGGGAACCAGAGACCAGCAGGUCAGACGAUUCUAAGGAUAGAUACACUUCACCAUGCAGAUAAAGAAAAAACCGAGGCUUACAUAUUAGACCUGGUGGUAUGGCUUCAUCAUCUGGUUACCCAAGUCAGGGCAACAACUGGUUUUGGGCUAAGAUCUCCGGUAAAGUCUCCAAUCAGAUCACCUAACCAGAAAACGAUCCAGCUCUCGAGCGGCAACCCAAGUAUGGGGUCACCGUUGCUGACGAUGGAGGAUCAAGAGAUGCUCAGAGACGUGAGCAAGAGAAGAAAAACGCCAGGAAUUAGCAAGAGCCAAGAGUUUCAAACGGUGGCUAAAGCAAGACUGUGUAAGCAUCACAGGCUGAGCAAAAGCAGUAGCCACUCGCCGAUGAUGGGGGAGAUGAUGAAGAGUAAGAAGGAUGCUUUCGCAAUGAGAAGACCUUCAUCUGUGCCAAUCAUUGACUUUGAGAUAGAUCGCAUGAAAGCCCUGGAUGUGAUUGAUCGUGUGGACACCAUUAGGAGCUUGUAGCUAAAAAAAAUGAACAAGCAUCCUCUCUUAUCCCCCCCUCCUCUUCAGAAAUAAUGCAAUUGAUCCCCAUGGGAAAAUCCUUAAUAGCUGAAGAUCAGAAGAGAGAGGUUAGUAAACUUUGUACCACUACUAAUACAUUAUGUUUUUGGGGUUUGUGGGUGUAAUUUGGCUUUGGUUUCCUUUGUAUCGUGGGUUCUAUUUUCUUGUUGUAUCGUGUUCGUGUACAUACAAUAAAUAAUAAUGAUAUAAAAUGUUUUCUUUA